GCGGCGGAGGGAGCAAGAUGGGCGGCGCGCGGGAGCGGGAGUUACGCCAACUCCAGAAGGACAAGGAGAAAGCCCAGCGGAAGGGGGACCUGAAGGAGGAAGCAGCCCUCUGUAACCAGCUGGGAGGGAUCUUGGCUCAGCAUGGGCGCUACCAGGAAGCUUUGGAGGAGCACCAGCUGGAGCUGCGUCUCCUGGAGAGCGUCGAUGAUGUCAUUGGCUGUGCCGUUGCCCACCGCAAAAUUGGGGAGUGUCUGGCUGAGCUGGAGAGCUAUGAAGCCGCCCUAAAGCACCAGCGCCGGCACCUGGAGCUGGCCUGCUCCCUCGGCAACCACGUGGAGCAGCAGAGGGCCUGGGCCACCAUUGGCAGGACUUACAUGUUCAUGGCUGAGAGCAACCCCUCCGGUGAGGACCUGCAGGAAGCCGAGAAGGCCUUCAGGAAGAGCCUGGCCGUUCUGGAGGAAAAGCUGGAAGGGGAUGUAUCGCAGCGGUUGCUGAGCGAGAUGAGGACCCGUCUCUACCUGAACCUUGGCUUGGUCUAUGACAGCUUGAAGAACCCAGCCAAGCACACCUUUUACAUCAAGAAGAGCAUCUACAUAGCCAAUCAGGCUCAGCUGCACGAAGAUCUCUACCGGGCCUACUUCAACCUGGGCACCAUCCACCUGCGGGAGGGUGAGCAUUCGAAGGCCAUGCGCUGCCUGGAGCGAGCGCGGGAUUGCGCCUGCAAGAUGAAGGAGAAGUACAUGGAGAGCGAGUGCUGCGCCGGCAUCGCCCAGGUGCUGCUGAGCCUGGGAGACUUUGUGGCAGCCAAGCGGGCCCUCCGGAAGGCCUACUUACUGGGCUCCCUGCAGCCUCAGCAGCGGGAGAGCAUCUGCAGCAGCCUGCGCUAUGCCACAAAGGUGAGCCGGCUGCAGCAGGCCCUGGAAGAGGAGGAGGCAGCCGGUCACCAGGAAGCCGCCGUGGGCCUGUGUGAGCGACUGGGGGACGUUUUCUCCAAGGCGGGCGAUUAUCGGCGGUCUGCUGAGGCCUACAAAAAGCAGCUGUGCCACGCCCGGGCUCUGGAGCGGCCGGCGCAGGAGCUGGCCGUGAUCCACGUUUCUUUGGCGGCCACGUAUGCAGACCUGAAGGACUAUCCGCAGGCAAUACAGCACUAUCAGGAAGAGCUGGGUCUUCGCAAGGGAAACCCCUUGGAGGAGGGGAGGACGUGGCUCAGCAUCGCCCUGGCCAAGGAGGAGGCCAAGGAGAGCUACGCGGACCUGGAGCUCUGUUUCCAGAACGCCCUGGAGUGCGCGGAGGGGGCCGCCAACCCCAAACUGCAGCGUCAGAUCCUGCGGCACCUCCUCGCCUCCCAGCGGAAAUUCGGAUGCCCUGAAGCAGCCGGCACGCUCGCUCAGCUGCAGGAGUUGUGCCGCGUGCAGGGCUGGAGCUCCGAUGGGGAAAUCAGCGAGGAAGAGGAGGAGGAGGAAGAGCUGCAGAGUAGCGAGCCUCUGGACGUGAGCGACCUGGAGCUCUCCGAUAGCGACGAGGAGGAAGAGGACCUGGAAGGCUACACCAAAACCGGGCCGGGCCAGCGCAGGAUCAACAAGUGGAACCAGCGGAACUACAAAGGGGAGACCCCGCUGCAUCGCGCCUGUAUUGAGGGGAACCUGCGCCAGGUCCAAUUCUUUGUGGAGAAGGGGCACCCUCUGAACCCCCGGGACUACUGUGGCUGGACCCCACUGCAUGAGGCUUGCAACCAUGGGCACCUCGAGGUGGUGCGUUUCCUCUUGGACCACGGGGCGGCCAAGGACGAUCCCGGGGGCCCUGGCUGCGAGGGCAUCACCCCCCUGCACGACGCCCUCAACUGCGGCCAUUUUGAUGUGGCAGAGCUCCUGAUCCACAGGGGGGCGUCUGCACUCCUCCGCAACGCCAAGGGCCAGACUCCUCUCGGCACGCUGCAGGGAUGGGUUCAGCUCUAUGGCAAGGAUCUGGACCGGGAGACGCGUGAGCGCUGCAAGGCCAUGGAGAGCCUCCUCCAGGAGGCCAUGGCGGGUCGAGGUGCUGGGCCAGUGCCUCCCCGAGAGCAGCCGGACAGUGAACUCUUUGAUGCAGAACUCUCGGGGCCUCAGGCUUGCAGCCCUCCAGAGUCCGGCGGAGAGGCCCCUCCAAGUCCCCGGUGGAACCAGCCCAGGCAGGAAGAGGAGGAGGAGGAGGAGACGACUCUGCGGAGGCCUGUCAAGAAGAGGCCGCGGCUGCUCGGCCAGAGGGAAGGAAGGAUGUGGGCCCUGGGUUCGGUUGAGCCGGAGGGGCCCAGGCUGGUCGCCCCAGCUGAGUACCAGGCUGCCCUACGGGGGGUGGGCAGCGCUCAGUCCUGCCCCCCACGGAGCCCCGAGCAGGCCAGGCUCCCUGCCAAACCAGCCCUCAUCCCCCAGGAGGAGUACGUGGGGGACAACUGGCUGGAGGACGACCUGGCCCUGAACCCCAACUCCUCCCGCAAAAGAAGCCGGCGGAACCCAGCCCGGGAAUCGGGCUCGGAGUCCGAGGGAAGUCCGGAGCGGGAGAUCCGUGGCGAUGGGCUUCCCGGCCAAUCCCCGGCGGUGGUCCGGAAGAAUCGGCGGAAAGCCAGGCAGAGUCGCCUCACCCUGAUGGUGGACAGAACUCCUCUGGGCAGGAUCCGAGGGGCAUGUGUGGUGGAGGCCCCCGAACCGACGACGGAUCCCAGCAACCUGUGUGGGGCAGCCGCUGGGGCCAGCCGGGUCAAUGGGGUGGCAGCUGUGGAUGGAGAAAGCCCACCCCCCGGGCUCAGGCAGCUCCCGACUCCUCUCCCCCCGAUUCGGGUGCGAGUCAAGGUGCAAGAUAACGUCUUCCUCAUCCCUGUGCCGCACAGCGGCUCUGAGAGUCACCCCGUGGCCUGGCUGGCGGAGCAGGCUUCCCAGCGCUACUACCAGGCCUGCGGUCUCCUGCCACGCCUGACCCUGCAGAAGGAAGGGGCCCUCCUGGCACCCCAAGACCGAAUUGUGGACGUCCUGCAAAGUAACGAGGAGGUGUUGGCGGAGGUGCAGUCCUGGGACCUGCCGCCGCUGGCCGAGAGGUACCGCAAGGCCUGCCAGAGCCUUCCUGGGGGGGAGCACCGGCUACUCCUGAAGAUGCUGGAGAGACAGGAAGGUGGCCCAGUCUUCAGCGCCUCUGGCCUGGCCCUGCGCCCGCGCCACUUGGCCCCGCUCCUCCGGGCCCUCAAGUUGCAGACCUCCAUCCAGCAGCUGCUCCUCCCUGGGACGGGCCUUGGAGAUGACUCGGCCGAAGAGCUGCUGGCCAGCAUCCGCACCAUGCCCGGCUUGAAGCGGCUGGACCUCUCGGCGAACCGCCUGGGCCCCGAGGGGCUGCGCAAGCUGGUGGCUGGCCCGGCAGGGCCCAGCACCUUCCAGAGCCUGGAAUGGCUGGACCUCAGCGUGAACCCCUUGGGUGACGGCAGCUGCCAGCCCGUGGCCGCCCUGGUCCAGGCGUGUCCCCUCUUGAGCACCCUCAAGCUGCAAGCCUGCGGCCUCACCCCCGCCUUUCUGCAGCACUACCGCCUCCUGCUGGCUAGUGCCCUGAACGAAGCGGAGCACCUCCACCACCUGGCCAUCUCCCACAAUGCGCUGGGCGCCUCCGGCCUUGAACUGCUCUUGAAGAGCCUGCCUGGCAAGACCCUCACCCACCUGGAGAUUGGCUCGGUGGGCGCCGGAGCAGAGGACCGGCAGCCUCUCUGGCGUGCUGUGGCCAGCUACCUGGCGCAGGAAGGCUGUGCUCUCACUCACCUGACUUGCUCUGGGAACCACCUGGAUGACGACGGUGUUGCAGAACUGGCCAGGUGCCUCCCUGUUUGCCCAUCUCUGGUCUCUCUGGAUUUGUCCGCCAACCCCAAAGUCAGCAUUGUGGGGCUCCGGACGCUGUUGCUGGCCCUGGAGGAGAGGACGCCUGGCCUUCAGUUCCUGGGCUUGGCAGGUUGUUCUGUGGAAGGCCCGCUGGACCACCUGGCCUGGACCAAGCUCUCCGCCCGGGUGUGCCGCCUGCAGCUCUGCAGUCGCCGCCUCAGCCGAGACGACCAGCAAGACGUGGCAGCGUUAUGGCGUGGCCCGGCGGGCACCUCCUUCCGCUCCGUCACACGGCACCACAAGCUCUUCUGCCAGUGCCUGCCCUAGUGCGGGUCUUGAACCUUGCCCUGGUACCGCCCAGUUCCCAGCCACUUGGGAAAUGAGAGCCCCCCCUCCCCAGCCGCGUGCAGGAUUCCUUGCCUUGGAGUGGCUGCCCAAGGCCAGACGUGUGUGUAUGCAAACUUGGGCGGCUCCACGUGGCUUCACUGGUGGCCCUUCCUGGGAUCUCACGGGGGCCUCCUAAAUCCUGCUUGUGACAAGCAGAACCCAGCGGAAAGUGGAGGACUGGGUGACCGGCUCCCUCGCGUGUCGUGAAAGGAGGCGCGUUAAGGGAAGGAGAGGAGGCUGGUGGGGGUGGUGACAACGACCAGAGAGGGGCUUCAUCCUGAUCCCCCCCCCCUGGCUAACUCUCCUGAAGUGAACAAUGUCUGCUUGCUUCUGUAACUGGGAACUGCAGGUCUCAACGGGGAGAGCAGGGAGUGAAUUGCAACAGAUAAGGCUGCUGUGUGUCCCUGUAACAUACUCUUUUUGCGUUUUCUGCUGCCUGGAAACAGCAAACAAAAACAAAAACAAAACCCACCUACCCACCUCUGUAAGGCUUCGGCCUUUCCCUUAUUUAUUGAAUGCAAGCCUUUCGCCUCACUGCCCAA